CCUCCGGCUACAGGAGGAGAAGCUAACCCCAGACCUCCGGCUACAGCACCAGCUCCCAGCGGGACGAAGCCCAGGUACGAGUCAGUCUGCACCUGAGACCGUAGCCUCAAAUACACAGGACGUUUUAGGACGUUUUAGGACGCCAUGUCUUCCCCGCGCUGCUUCCUGCUGCUGCUGCCCUGCUUCCUGCUGGUUCUGAUGGUCCAGUCCAGACCCACCACAGAGGACACGGGCCCAGCGUCGGCGCCUCAGUGGGUGACUCCAGAGAAGAUGCAGAAGUCUCUCCAUGCCGUUCCCGCCAGCAGGACCGUGAAGUUCAGAUGUCAAGCGACGGGAAGCCCCGCCCCCUCUCUGCGCUGGUACAAGAAUGGGAAGGAGUUCAGGAAAGACCAACGGAUCGGAGGCUACAAGAUCAGAGACCACAUGUGGUCCCUCAUCAUGGAGUCCGUGGUUCCGUCUGAUAGAGGGAACUACACCUGUGUGGUGGAGAACGAGUACGGGAGCCUCCAACACACCUACAUGCUGGAUGUAGUUGAGCCCUCCCCCCACAGGCCCAUCCUCCAGGCCGGUCUACCGGCCAAUCAGACGGCGGCGGUGGGCAGCGAUGUGCAGUUUGUGUGUCGUGUCUUCAGUGACCCGCCGCCUCACAUCCAGUGGCUCAAACACAUCACCAUUAAUGGCACAAGGUUUGGACCAGACGGAAUUCCCUACGUCCGUGUCCUCAAGAGUCUCUCUGAGUAUAGAGAUGAGUUUGUUUUUACCCUGAGGAACGUGACUCUGGAGGAUGCUGGAGAGUACACCUGCUUGGCCGGUAACUCUGUUGGAUUUAGCUAUCAUUCAGCUUGGCUCCACGUGGUCAACGAAAAGCCCAGCGUCCCACCCCCCAUCCAGUGCCUGGUGAGCCUCUUCAACUGGCUCUUGCAUUCCCUUUGAGGACACAUUUAUUGUUUUUUGUCUUUCAUGACCUAAUGAGGCUGAGCCCAAAGCGUUCACUUAAAGGAUCUAUAUACAUGCAAAGAUUUUACUGAGCCUUUGCUUAGACACUAGGAGUCGAACAAUGAGAACUGAAGGUUAUGAAGUCUCCAACAGCAUUAACUAGCAUUUAGCAGUAACUAAAGGAGAGUUUAGCUCCAACUAAAAGCUUUUAACGUUUAAAGAUAGAGGGCGUCUCUUGUAGUUCUUGUUGUUUCACCCCAUAAAAUACACUUCUCAUCAAAUAAAUUAACAAAACACGGUAAACAUGGCUCAUGUUGCCAUAAAAUUGUGCUUUAAGAAGAUCAUCUGGAAACUAUUUCAUCUUUAAAGAGCGAAGCUUCAACAUGUGUCAAAUGACUUUAACUCAAGUGGUAGAAGUUGGACGUGUAGAGAAGUUAAUCGUCUGCAGACGGUGCAACUUUUACGUAUUUUCUCCAUAAGAUGCAGUGAAGAAAUGCUCACAGGUCCAGUCAACUAGUGAGUGGAAUAACGAUGUUAGAGCUGAGUUUAUCCAGGACAUAAAUGUGGUGUUAACAGAUGGAUUCUGGAGAGAAGUUGGAGAAUAUUUUGUGUCAUUUGUGUGUUUUAAUAAAAGCUUCUGAUCGUUGUG